UCGCCAGCAAUUGCGUUUUGAUUGCAUUCGUGUGUGGUUUGAGUAGUGGCUUUGUAGCGUUCUUAAGAUAGUUACAUUGUAUUUAAUCAAAGAUAAUGAAAAAGCUCGUGUUGCUUCUACAAAUUUUAUUCUUUGCUUCGUUCACAACAGGAUUUUCAAAUGUUUAUCGUAAAGUGAAGAAUUAUCCGUGCAGUAAAGAAGAUACUGGUUUGCCUCUUUUUUUGACACCUCUUAUCGACAACAAUCAAAUAGAUGAGGCUCGUAACAAAGCACUUGUACAACACAAGGAGAUGAACGAUGUUAGCAGUUAUGCCGGAUUCUUAACUGUUAAUAAAAACUAUAAUUCGAAUUUGUUCUUUUGGUUUUUCCCAGCUGUGCAUAAUCCAAGGACUGCUCCUGUAUUAUUAUGGCUGCAAGGUGGUCCUGGAGCCACAUCCAUGUUUGGUUUAUUUCUAGAAAAUGGUCCAUUUACAGUUACACGAAAUAAAACUCUUGAUAUGCGUAAAUAUUCUUGGAACAAAUGUCAUAAUAUGCUUUACAUUGAUAAUCCAGUUGGUACUGGAUUUAGUUUUACCGAGAAUGAAAAGGGCUAUGCUACUAAUGAAACCCAUAUAGCAAGGGAUGUUUAUAGUGCAUUAGUUCAAUUUUUCAAGUUAUUCUCAGAGCUUCGAACUAAUGACUUUUAUGUCACUGGUGAAUCUUAUGCUGGAAAAUAUGUCCCAGCCGUAUCUUAUGCUAUCAAAGAGAAUAAUGUUAAAGCUGACGUAAAAAUAAAUUUAAAAGGUUUGGCAAUUGGAAAUGGACUGACUGACCCAGGAAAUCAACUACAGUAUGGAGAUUUCUUAUAUCAAGUAGGUUUACUUGAUAUAAAUGGUAGAGAUCUAUUUCGCCAAUAUGAAGAAAAUGGUAGAGCUUUAGUUAAACAAAGGAAAUUUACCGAAGCUUUUACCGUUUUUGAUGAACUUCUUGAUGGUGAUUUAACAAAACAACCUUCACUGUUUAAAAAUUUAACCGGCUUUGAUUAUUAUUUCAAUAUUUUGCGUAAUAAAGUUGACAGUGAUGCUGACAAUGAUAUGGUACAAUGGCUUCAAAGGGCAGAUGUUAGAAAAGCUAUACAUGUUGGUAAUUACACAUUCUUAGCAGCAUCUAAAAAGGUAGAGGAAUAUUUGAAAGGAGAUGUUAUGGAAUCAGUAGCAGACCUUAUAGCAGAUCUUCUUCAGCACCAUAAAGUCCUCAUAUACAAUGGACAACUUGAUGUUAUCAUUGCAUAUACUACGGUAGAAAAUUAUCUGAGAAACUUAAACUGGUCUCUCGCAGCAGAAUACAAAAAAGCUCCGAGAAAAAUAUGGUAUGUUGGAGAUGAAUUAGCUGGAUACUCAAAGACUGUUGGUAACUUAAUAGAAGUUUUGGUAAGAAAUGCUGGACACCUGGUGCCUUCUGAUCAGCCAAAAUGGGCUCUUGAUCUCAUUACUCGCUUUACAAGCAAUAAAAAAUUCUAAAUAACUCAACUAUAUAUUUUGUUGAACAUGUGAUAAUUUUUACUGUACCUAUACUCUACUGCAUAAUAGGUCUAUAAGGUAUAGAUCUGAAAUAAUAAUAAUCAUUGAACAAAACUAGGAUAUAUGCAAUAAAAGUAUUUAAUUCUGUAUCAAAAGAGGUAGUAAACAUUUAUUAGAAAAAAA